AUGCAAUUGGUGUUGGAUCAGGGGGGGAGAAACAAGGCCGAUGCAUCAAUGUCCAAUGGAGCAGCAAUCGCAAGCCUUGGUGAUGUUGGUGGCGAUGAUAUUGACUUUGUGGCACAAGCCUCCCGUCUUAUGCUUAAACUGACCGUCGUCGAUCAAGUCGUAUUCACCAUGCCGUCGUUUGCAGUCACGACAGUGCCUUACAUGUUCCUGGGCGUGCUGAUGGAUUCUCUAGGCCAUGAAAGUGACAGCUCCCAGCAGCCUCCGCCAAAAGUUUAUCGCUAUCACCAGAAGAAGUCAAUGAUCUCAUCAUGA